UGGGCUCGUACUGCUGUCAUUCCAUCCUCUCUUGCUCUCUUGAACAGCUUCACAGAGACCCUCCUGUUCUCCUGUCACGGACCGUUGCCUGUGUCUGUUCCGAAAGCUGGGCGCAGUUCUCUUUCUGUUUAGCUCACAGACACUGAAGAAACAUGGAGGCCAUCAAGAAGAAAAUGCAGAUGCUGAAGCUGGAUAAGGAAAACGCUAUAGACCGGGCAGAACAGGCUGAAAUAGACAAAAAAGGAGCAGAGGACAAAUGCAAACAGCUUGAAGAGGAGUUGCUUGCCCUGCAAAAGAAACUGAAAGGAGUAGAAGAUGAGCUCGACAAAUACUCUGAAUCACUGAAGGAUGCCCAGGAGAAGCUGGAGCAAGCUGAAAAAAAAGCAGCAGAUGCUGAGGCAGAAGUGGCAUCCUUAAACAGACGUAUCCAGUUGGUUGAGGAGGAGUUGGAUAGAGCUCAGGAGAGACUGGCUACUGCUUUGCAGAAGCUGGAGGAGGCUGAGAAAGCUGCAGAUGAGAGUGAGAGAGGAAUGAAAGUCAUAGAGAACAGAGCAACAAAAGAUGAAGAGAAAAUGGAGAUCCAGGAGAUGCAGCUGAAGGAAGCCAAACACAUCGCUGAGGAGGCUGACCGCAAAUAUGAAGAGGUUGCACGCAAACUGGUGAUCCUGGAGGGUGAAUUGGAGCGCUCAGAGGAGCGUGCUGAAGUAGCUGAGGCUAAAUCAGGUGAUCUUGAGGAAGAGCUGAAAAAUGUCACCAACAACUUGAAGUCACUGGAAGCACAGGCUGAAAAGUACUCUCAAAAGGAGGACAAAUAUGAAGAAGAAAUAAAAGUUCUUACUGACAAACUGAAGGAGGCUGAGACCCGUGCAGAGUUUGCAGAGAGGUCUGUGGCCAAGCUGGAGAAGACCAUUGAUGAUUUAGAAGAGAAACUGGCCCACGCCAAAGAAGAAAAUCUGGACAUGCACCAGGUAUUGGACCAAACCCUUCUGGAACUCAACAAUUUAUAGUGAUCUUUACAGAAAUCUGUGAACGACAGCCUGAAUGAAAGCAGGAGGAAAUACCAGAUUCAUCUUUAAUAAAACUCCCAGGCUGCAUCUCUAAAAUAAAGGAAAUGUGAGGGUUUCUAUUCAUGUAAAUCUAAAGAGCAAGCAAGAAAAACAUCUUUUGCAGUGAAUGCAAAACUUCAAAAUAGCUUACAUAUUGUCAAAACUUAAAUCAUUAAUAAAAUGAAAUGAAAUUAGAACAUCAAUCAUGGAAACCGCUAUAUUAAAAAAAACAUUUAUGCAUCACAAGACAUACAGUAUGUGCACUGUCACUGAAAUUAAACUGAUAGUAAGAUCUAAGAUGGGUUUCUUUUUUAAUAAAACAAACUAUGAGAUCAGAAGGUUAUAAAGUAUUUUUACUUUCAUUUCUUGACAUGGAAGAAAUGUCACCUCUUCAUCUUGCCUUUGUUACUUUUCAUGCUUUAUUCUUUAUAUGGAGAUUUGGAUACUGAUCCCUCAAUAAAAAGCCAAUAUAUGGACAUGUUA